GUUUGAAAAACAAAUAUUAAAAUGAACAUAUUACUCUAUUUUAUUACUGCAAAAUAAAGUAAUUGUGUUAAACUUCAAUAAAUGGAGCCUUACUCCUGGUAUUGAUACGUCUUUAGAAAGAUGGAAGAAACAAUGAAUCAAAUGUCAAUGCUGUGUAUUAAGUCAGAUAAUCAUUCUGGUGACAAAGAUUUAAAUCAUUCUAAUAUUGUAACAUCUGUAAAUAAAAAUUUGUUGAAUAACAGUAAUCGACAUUCCUUUAAUUGUAUAAAAAUUUCAACAACGAAAAAAGCCAAAAGAAUACGAUUUUUUAGAAAUGGUGAUAAAUUUUAUAACGGAGUUGUUGUUGCAGUUACCCCUGAAAGAUAUAGGAGUUUUGAUAGUCUUAUUUCUGAUUUGACAAGAGCAUUAAUUUCUAAUGUUACUUUACCAAAUGGUGUACGAAUUAUAUAUACUAUGGAUGGAAAAAAAGUUCAAGAUAUAAGUGAUUUAGAAGACGGUAAAAGUUAUGUUGUAUCAGGUCAAGGUGAAGUUUUUAAGAAAGUAGAUUAUUCUUCUUCGACUGUAAAAAGAGGAAGCUCUAUGUCUGGAUUACCAUCAUCACCGGCAAUUAAUGUAAGACAAAUUACUAGUAGUCCUUUAUGUAUUAAAGCAAAAAUUAUAACUUUAAUACGAAAUGGAAUAAAACCAAGAAAGAUUGUAAGGCUUUUAUUAAAUAAAAGAAACUCUCCAAGUAUCGAGCAUGUAUUAGAAGCAAUAACGGAAGUUAUAAAAUUAGAUUCAGGUGCAGCUAGAAAAGUUUAUGCGUUAUCUGGUAAUCAAAUAACACUGUUAGAGCAAUUUUUUGGCAAUGAAGACAUUUUUAUAAUUUACGGUCCUGAAAAACCAAAUCAUGAAGAUUUUGAACUUGAUCUUGAAGAAUCAAAAUGUGUUCAAGGGUUUCGUAGAGGUCAAUGUAUUAAAAAGCACAAUGGACCAAUGCCAAAAAUGCCAGCUCGUAAGAUAGAUAAAAGAUUAUCAUAUACAUUGCAAGUUAGAACACCAAGUCCAUCAGCACUAAAUUUUCCUAAUUCCCUAAAGUUGCAUUAUAAUAUUGGACAUGUUAUUGGAGAUGGAAACUUUGCUGUAGUUAGACAAUGUACUCACAAAGUUACUGGAAUUUGCUAUGCUUUAAAAAUUAUUGAUAAAUAUAAAUGCCAAGGAAAAGAGGCUAUGCUGGCACGAGAAGUAGCAAUUUUACGUCAAGUUUGUCAUCCAAAUAUAAUUAGUUUAAUAGAAGAGCAAGAAACUAAUGAUCAUCUAUUUCUAAUAAUGGAACUAAUGAAGGGUGGAGAUUUGUUCGAUGCAAUAGCUACAGCAACAAAAUUUUCGGAAGCUGAUGCAAGUACAAUGAUAAGUCAUUUGUGUUAUGCUCUUGCAUAUUUGCAUUCUCAUCAAAUAGUUCAUAGAGAUGUUAAGCCUGAAAAUUUAUUAGUUCAAAUUAAUGGUCAUCGAAUACAUUGUCUUAAACUUGCUGAUUUUGGACUUGCUCAAUUUGUACAAGAACCAUUGUAUACUAUUUGCGGCACUCCCACUUACGUGGCUCCAGAAAUACUUGCUGGAGUAGGAUAUGGGUUAAAGAUUGAUGUUUGGGCCGCUGGAGUUAUUUUAUAUAUUCUUUUGUGUGGUUUUCCACCUUUUAUAUCUACCGAAAAUUUACAAGAAAAAUUAUUUGAACGAAUUCUUACUGGGCAAUACGAAUUUACUUCUCCAUAUUGGAAUAAUAUUUCACAUUCAGCCAAAGAACUUAUUUCAAACAUGCUACAAGCGCAACCGGAAUUACGUUUUAGUGCAGAGGAUGUUUUAGAUCAUCCUUGGAUAUUGGAAGCAAAUCAACAGUUAGAAUAUGAAAAUUCAUUGAAUCAUCAAAUUAACAUUGGAAUAAGCAGUAUAAGUCGUUAACACAGUGCAAUAGCUUUCUUUGAAAGCUUCAAACUAAAUAAAUUGUACAAAAUCUGUAAUUUUAAUCUAAAUAAUUUUGAAUUUAUUUAAAAGACU